AUGUCUUAUCCCCUCGAAGCAAUCGGCAUCAUCUCCAUCGGAGAGAUGGGUCUGGGCAUUGCCCAGCUCCUAAUCGCCCACCACUACCGAGUCCUAACCUAUGCGGCCGAUCGGAGCGACGCAACUCAACGCCGAGCAUGGCAAGCAGGCAUCGAGCUCCGCCCCUCAAUGCAAGACCUCGUCGACCAAAGCGACUGCCUCCUCUCCAUCGUCCCACCACGGGACGCACUCACAACCGCCCAUCGCAUCGUGGAAGCAUCGUCCGCGCGGCCCGCGGUCCGCGAUACCCCGCUAUGGGUGAUCGAUCUGAACGCCGUGUCACCACAGACAGCGCGCGAGAUAGAGUCCGUGAUUACUGAAGCGUCAGCAUCAUCAUCGCACCUCCGCUACAUCGACGGGGGCAUCGUGGGCGGUCCACCCAGGCCAUUGCAGCCAACCAACCCGAACGAACCAUCCUGGCAUUGUCCCAGCUUGAUCGUCUCUGGCCCCGAGAAGCUCCCAGACGAGAAGUUAUCCCGCACGCUGAACAUCAAACACAUCUCGGACAAGAUCGGCGUAGCGACCGGGUUGAAGAUGUGCUUUGCGUCUCUGACGAAGGGGUUUUUCGCGUUGGCUAUUCAGUCCUUCACUACGGCCCAUUCGCUGGGCGUGCUCCCGCAUUUGAAGGACCUGAUGGAGGAAUAUAACCCGGCGACGCUACGUAUAGCGGAGAAGGGUGUGGUGGGAAUGCCGCCGAAGGCAUAUCGGUGGGUGAGGGAAAUGAAGGAGAUCGGGGAUACGAUGAGGGAUGAUGGGGGGUUUGAGAGUGAUUUAUUCUACGCCGUGGCCCAAGUGUAUCAAUCCGUCGCGGACGAUCCGAUCCUGGGGCAAGAGAAGCCGGAUGAUCGACAGCGGGGACAGACGGUCGAGGAUGUGGUUGAAUGUUUGGAUAAGAGCCUGAAGCGGGAUGCUUUGCAGCUGCAUGUUCCCACUUGGCCUAUCGGUAUGGUUCCAUUUUUGAUCGACAGAGAGAAGUACUUAGGGGAAGAGAUAAAUCCUAAUUUGAAAAAUGGCUCGGAGGAGCGACAGACACAUGCUGCAAGUGAACUCUCCACUUGCCUAAUUGGGGUAGGUAGGCUGGCCUGUACAUCCCGGUUUGUGGACUGA